GCUGAUGCCCAACGACAAGAUGGCUGUUGGUGGCAAGUUGGAACCAGUAGCCACCAGCACAGCGGCGUCUUACAUGUACAAAGGAGGAUAGCUUGAGACGAAGAUUCCCGCUUUCAUACUGCUGGGAUAUUAUUAGACUGAUAUAUGGACAGAAAUGGGGUCUCAGACCCUCCAAAUCUUGAGACAGGGAGUCUGGGCUUCCAUCACUGGCGGAUGGUAUUAUGAUCCUCAUCAAAACACAUUUGUGAAUGCUUUCCAUCUCUAUAUCUGGCUCUUCUUCCUUUGUUUUCCAUUUACACUGUACAUGGCCCUUCCUUCAAGCAUGAUCAUUGUUGGAAGCUACAGUGCUGUCAUAGCAGCUGUAUUUAUUGUACUUAAAGCAGUGAACUAUCGGUUACACCGCGCCCUGGAUGAAGGGGAGAUAGUGCAUCAAAGCAACAGUGAGGUAACUGAAAGACAUACAAAAACUGAACAGCAAGAUGGCCCCUCCAGAAGAAAUAAUAGCAGUGGACCAGGUGACCCUGGAGGUGGAAUAGAAAUGACUGAAUUUGUACGGGAAGCAACUCCUCCAGUUGGUUGCAGUUCACGAAACUCCUACGCUGGUCUGGACACUAGCCACCAGGCUGCAUCACCUCAUCCUGGAACAGCAGCAGAUAUAAAAGGAGAUGAAGAAACAGGAAAAACUUCUGAUGAUAUUAGUUUGAGUCUGGGCCAGAGCAGCAGUUUGUAUAAAGAUGCAAAUGAAGAACAAGACCUGGCACAAGAUUCUAAGCUUUUCCAAGUCGUGGUGUCAAAUGAUUCCUUGAUGUCUAACCAGGUUUUAACACCUACGGGAACUCAAGACUUUCCAAGGGAUUCGAGUGACAAAGUGACCCACCAUCACACAGAGCAUUCAUUGUCUGCUGCUUGUGACACAGAAGCAGCCUCCCUUGUGCCUUUGCAUUCCCAAUCAUACAGGAAAGAUCACAGGCCGAGGGGAGUGCCAAGGACUUCAAGUUCAGCAAUUGCUUUUCCAGACACAUCACUUAGUGAUUUUGCCCUUUUUCAACAAAGGAGAGGCUUAGAUACAGUCUGUGAAUUGGAAAGUUCAAAACCUAUUUCGGGAUCCAAGGAAUCUUUAACUGAAAACUCUUGUUAUGCUGGUGUUUUUCAGCUAGAUGACUUACUCAAGGGUGGUACUUCCCAGCCAUCCUCCAAAUCAGGAUACAGUAAGCCUUUAAAAACUGACAAUAGUGUUGAUAGCCUCCAGAGCCUUAGUACCAGGAGUAGCGGAUCAACAGAGAGCUACUGCAGUGGCACAGAUCGAGAUACGAACAGCACCGUGAGCAGUUACAAGAGUGAGCAAACAAGCUCAACCCAUGUGGAGAGCAUUCUUUCAGAGCAAGCAGAAACAUCAGCAGAUGAGAACAGCUCGGAGAAAAAAGAUUACGAGAAAAGUGAUGCUCGCAGCGGCUAUAGUAGUGAGCCAGAAGGUGAGAAUAUUGUGGAAAGUAGUGAAAGGACUAAUGGUAAAAGGAAAAAAUUGCAUCCGGAAAAUAAGGAGGGAAGUUCCAGGCAAGAUCCUUGCCAGGCUUCCAAUCAGUUGCAGAUUUCUGACCCAGUGCAGACUGGAGAAAGACUUGGCAGUUCUGGUUCUGGUGAUGCUAACAAAAAUCCUCAUGCAAAUGAAUUGACUGUUGACAUCUUGAAGCAGCAAGGUGAAUUACUUCCUGAGGCAGUGGCGGAACAGGCUGUAGAAGAGGUUGUCGAAAAAUCUCACCCAUCAAUGGAUAAACAAACACUAAAGGAUGAAGCAGCAAAGCAGAAGGAUGGGGAUGUAAGACCCAAAUCUAAUUUUAUCCACAGAGCUGCCUCUACACACAAGUCAAACCGAAGAAGGUCAGGGAAAAAACGAGCAAGUAGUUUUGACUCUAGCCGGCAUAGAGAGUAUGUGUCAUUUCGUGGUGUAGCUGGUAUUAAAACCAGCAGUAAUGGUUUUUGCCCAGACGAAGAUUCAAGUGACCAGAGCGACUUGAGCAGAACCUCCAGCAUGCAUUCGGCACAUCGUUUCAGUUCAGACAGUUCAUCCAGCACCACUUCCCAUUCAUGUCACUCUCCUGAAGGACGGUACCAUGUCUCAAAAGCAAAGUACUUGUCUCAAGAAAGAGGCACUGACUUUGAAGCUAUGUUAAAGGUCCCUUCUGGUUCAGAAACUAGUGCCAAUGCUAAGAGAAGAUCAACUCACAGGACUCUCAGUGCAGCCAGUGCAAAAACUCAUGCACGAGUACUCAGCUUAGACAGUGGCACAGCAGCCUGUUUAAGUGACCCUAACAGAUUAGGGACACCAGAUAAAGUGAGGCCUUUAACUACAUCUAAGUCAGACUUGGAAGCCAAGGAGGGAGAGGUGUUGGAUGAAUUAUCUCUAAUAGGCAGAGCAUCACAACUCGAAUCUGUAACUCGCUCACGUAAUAGCUUACCCAAUCAAGUAACCUUUCCUGAAGCUGAAGAACAAGGAGCAGCUAGUACAGCCCAAGCGACUGAUGAGAUGGUUACUUUUCGUCGUGAGCGCAGCACGUUCAGGCGCCAAGCCGUACGCCGACGGCAUAAUGCGGGCAGUAAUCCCACCCCUCCAGCCUCACUUAUUGGAUCACCUCUCAGCCUUCAAGAUAGUCAGCAGGGUCAGUCUUCUACAUCCCAGAUCAAAAUACAGUCCUGUCCCCCAUCACAAGCUGCUGUACUUAGUGCUAGCGCCUCUCUACUGGUCAGAAAUGGAAGUGUCCACUUGGAAGCAUCACAUGACAGUGCCUCUGCUGUUGGUGGCUGCAGUUUACAGGAUGAGUUUGGCAAAUUGUAUGAAACAGGGGGAUGUGACAUGUCGCUUGUAAACUUUGAAACUGCUGCAAGGAGGACAUCAAACAACUUAUGGGACACAGAUUCCCAUCUGUCAAGUUCUACCUCAGUUAGAUUUUAUCCACAUGAUCUAUUGUCUCUUCCACAGAUUCGACUGAACAGGCUGUUAACAAUUGAUCCUGAUCUCCUGGAACAGCAAGAUACUGACCUUAGCCCAGAUCUACAGGAUCACCCACAACCACAGGAGGAGGCCCAGAAAAUCAAGCACUACUACCGGUUCUGGCUUCUUCCCAAGAUAUGGAUUGGUGUAAACUUUGACCGCCUGACCCUAUUGGCUUUAUUUGAUAGGAAUCGUGAAAUUAUGGAGAAUGUUUUGGCGAUUGUUUUGGCAAUUCUUGUUGCCUUCCUUGGAUCAGUUUUAUUAAUAGAUGGAUUCUUUAAAGAUAUUUGGGUCUUCCAGUUUUGCCUGGUUAUUGCCAGCUGUCAGUAUUCACUUCUGAAGAGUGUGCAGCCUGAUUCUUCCUCUCCAAGACAUGGUCAUAAUCGGAUUAUAGCCUACAGUAGGCCUGUCUAUUUCUGUGUAUGCUGUGGCCUGAUCUGGCUUUUGGAUUAUGGGAAUAAACAUACAUCAGGAACAAGAUUUAAGUUGUAUGGAGUGGCUUUUACCAGUCCUUUACUCUUGGCUUCUGCCAGAGAUCUUGUCAUGGCUUUUACUCUAUGUUUUCCAGUGAUAUUCUUCAUUGGCUUGCUUCCACAAGUAAAUACAUUUGUGAUGUAUCUUUGUGAACAAUUCGAUAUUCAUGUGUUUGGUGGAAAUGCUACCACAAAUCUUCUUGCAUCACUCUUCAGUUUCAUUCGUAGUGUCGUGGCCAUAGCUUUGCUAUAUGGACUGUGUUAUGGUGCGCUGAGGGAUUCUUGGGAUGCACAACACAUUCCCGUUCUUUUCUCUGUCUUUUGUGGCCUGCUGGUUGCUGUUUCCUAUCAUUUAAGCAGACAAAGCAGUGACCCCUGUGUAUUGAUAUCUUUAGUGAGGUCAAAUAUUUUUCCAAAUACUGAUGAAAAGAAUCCUGAAGACCCUCUGGCAGAUGUAAAAGAUCCCCUACCAGAAAAGCUGAAGCAGUCUGUUAAUGAACGUUUACAGUCAGAUCUAAUAGUUUGUGCAGUCAUUGCCGUGUUAUAUUUUGCAAUCCACGUCAGCACUGUCUUCAUUGCCCUGCAGCCUGUCCUCAGCUAUGUGCUAUAUACCCUGGUAGGUACAGUGGGACUUCUAACCCAUUACCUACUACCCCAGCUCAGGAAGCAGCUCCCUUGGCAUUGUUUCUCUCAUCCAUUGCUGAAAACAAAGGAGUACUAUCAGUUUGAAGUGAGAAAUGCUGCUCAUGUUAUGUGGUUUGAAAAGAUGUAUGUGUGGCUGCUUUUUGUGGAAAAGAAUGUCAUUUACCCAUUGAUUGUCCUUAAUGAGCUGAGCAGCAGUGCAAAGGCUAUAGCUAGUCCAAAGAAACUGGACGCAGAGUUUGGUGCUUUAAUGAUCACCAUCGCAGGGAUGAAAUUGCUUCGAUUUUCAUACAGUAGUCCUACUUACCAAUAUGUGACUGUUGUUUUCACUGUGCUAUUCUUCACCUUCGAUUAUAAAGAUUAUUCAGAAACUCUGCUACUGGACCUCUUCUUCAUGUCUAUAUUAUUCAGUAAGUUAUGGGAACUUUUCUACAAAUUGAGAUUUGUCUACACAUAUAUUGCACCUUGGCAAAUCACAUGGGGAUCAGCAUUUCAUGCUUUUGCUCAGCCUUUCGCUGUACCUCAUUCAGCUAUGUUAUUUGUUCAGGCGAUAGUGUCAGCUUUAUUCUCAACUCCUUUAAACCCAUUUCUUGGAAGUGCAAUAUUCAUUACUUCAUAUGUACGACCAGUCAAGUUCUGGGAAAGAGACUACAAUACAAAGCGGGUGGAUCACUCAAAUACAAGGUUGGCAUCCCAGCUUGAUAGAAACCCAGGCUCAGAUGACAACAACCUGAAUUCUAUCUUUUAUGAGCAUUUGACAAGAUCUCUGCAGCACAGUCUCUGUGGGGACCUGAUGUUGGGACGCUGGGGCAAUUUCAAUACUGGGGAUUGCUUCAUUCUUGCUUCUGACUACCUCAAUGCAUUGGUUCACCUUAUAGAAAUUGGAAAUGGUCUGGUCACCUACCAGCUGCGGGGCCUGGAGUUUAGAGGCACCUACUGUCAACAGAGGGAGGUGGAAGCAAUCACAGAAGGGGUUGAGGAAGAUGAGGGAUUCUGCUGUUGUGAACCAGGUCACAUUCCUCACAUGUUGUCCUUUAAUGCUGCUUUCAGUCAGCGCUGGCUUGCUUGGGAAGUUCUGGUCACCAAGUAUGUGCUGGAGGGCUACAGCAUAACUGAUAAUAGUGCUGCUUCCAUGCUACAGGUGUUUGAUUUGAGAAAAAUCCUUACAACUUACUAUGUUAAGAGUAUCUUGUUCUAUGUAACAAGUUCUCCCAAGCUGGAGGACUGGCUUGCAAAUGAAACAAUGCAGGAUGGGCUUCGAGCAUGUACGAGUCAUAAUUAUGUGGAUGUGGACCCCACCUUUAAUCCCAACAUCGACGAGGACUAUGAUCACAGACUGGCUGGUGUAUCAAGAGAGAGUUUCUGUGGAGUUUACCUAAAUUGGAUCCAGUACUGUUCUUCACGAAGAGAAAAGCCUUUGCCUUCAGAGAAAGAUUCUCCAUUGGUGAUUCUGUGUUAUGGGCUCAGUGUGCUGGGGAGGAGAGCUCUUGGAACAGCUUCUCAUCAUAUGUCCAGCAACCUUGAAUCUUUCUUGUAUGGUCUGCAUGCAUUGUUCAAGGGAGAUUUCCGAAUAUCCUCUGUUCGGGAUGAGUGGAUAUUUGCUGAUAUGGAGUUGCUGAGAAAAGUGGUAGUUCCUGGAAUACGAAUGUCACUUAAGCUCCAUCAAGAUCAUUUCACAUCGCCUGAUGAAUAUGAUGAUCCAGCAGUACUGUUCGAUGCCAUUACAUCCCAUGAGCAAAACUUGGUCAUUGCUCAUGAAGGAGACCCAGCCUGGCGAAAUGCAGUGCUCUCGAACUCUCCCUCGCUAUUGGCACUACGACAUGUUAUGGAUGAUGGGACCAAUGAAUAUAAAAUCAUCAUGUUGAACAAGCGAUAUCUCAGCUUUCGAGUCAUUAAGGUGAAUAAAGAAUGUGUCCGGGGAUUGUGGGCUGGCCAGCAGCAGGAGCUGGUAUUCCUGCGAAACCGCAACCCAGAGCGAGGAAGCAUCCAAAAUGCAAAGCAAGCCUUAAGGAACAUGAUAAACUCUUCAUGUGAUCAGCCAAUUGGUUACCCAAUUUAUGUUUCUCCACUCACCACCUCCUACAUCGACACACAUGAACAGCUGAAAACUAUCCUGGGGGGGCCCAUAAGUAUCACAAACAUAAAGAAUUUCAUUGUGUCUACCUGGCAUAGGUUAUGGAAAGGAUGUGGAGCUGGUUGUAACAGUGGUGGAAAUAUUGAGGAUUCUGAUGUGGGAGGAGUCUCCACUGCCAGUAAUAAUGUGACUGCAAAUGAGUCCCAAAGUAGUACUUCCCAUGGAGGCUCUGGACCAGUUGGAUAUGGAUCUGGAGCAGGUCUCCAGCCGCCAGUUUCAUCUAACCCUCCCAUACUGGGGACUAGCCACAGCAGCCACUCAGUACAAUCCAGCCUUGUCAGACAUUCCCCCGCACGUGCCUCAGUUGCCAGCCAAUCUUCAUAUCGUUACAACAGUCGCCACUCUUCCUUACGGACAUCUGCUACUGGCCUGGUACCAUGCCGUCGUUCAUCCACAAGUCAGUUAUCAUUGCGAAAUCUGCCUAACUCAAUCCAGUCUCGACUGUCCAUGAUGAACCAGAUAGAACCAUCAAGUCAGAUGGGUGCUCUGAGUAUACAGUGUGGUCUGCCUUCUUCCAGUAGUUCCAGCCAGAGUAUUCCCAUCUGCAAGCGCAACACACUAGCAGGACUUCUGGGAACAGAAGGUGUCCCCAGUGUAGACGUUCAGUCUGGCAGCAACUCAAGCACAACGUUCAACACACCUGCCAAAAAAGAUGGACCUAACUACAAAGUCCAGAUUAUCACAAGUACAUAAAGUACAGUAAAAUGUAUGGUUUGCAUUAACUACCAACACAGCCUAAAAGGAUGUGCCAGGGGCCAACACAGCAUGGCCACAAACAACAACUACCACAACAAAACAAAAUAAAACAACAGCAAACAAGAGAAAAUCUGCAGAUACUGGAAAUCCAAGCAACACACACAAAAUGCUGGAGGAACUCAGCAGGCCAGGCAGCAACUCUGGGAAAGAACACCCUCAACAUUUCGGCCUGAGACCCUUUCCUACAGCUGAUAUUUCAAUUCCUUGAAAUGUUCUGUAAUUGAGAUUAUGCUAAAUUUUACAAUGUAGACAAACACUUGAAACUGAAUCAUGUCUUAAAGUAGACACAAUUUGGAUGGUAUAAUGGUUUAUUAAUUUGUAUGUUAACUUUGUAAAAUAUCAGGGAAACAAACCUUAACUGUUUGUGAAACAGUCAGAAUUAAAUUCAUAAAUGGAGUGCAUUACUUGUGACUAGACUCUGAACUAUUCUUAUUUUAUCAGCUCCUGUAGAGCUCUUGUGAAUCUUUACCAAAGUUUAAAUUCCCAAGGCUUCAUUCAUUAUUUUGUUGAACUUGUAUCAAAUAAUUACUAAAAGAAGCAGAAUUUAGCCUCUCAAAGUAAUAGUUGUCUGUGCAGAUAUAAGUCUGUGUUCUGUCUGGUACCCCUUUCAGCCAUUUCCUUGGACAGGAACUAUUGUUUGAUGGUGGACCAUAGAAGUCUUUCUACUGAGAGCUGCUGCAACUGGAUUCAACAGGGGGACAAAAUUAAAAAGCUACUUUUAUUUUAAUCAAGUCCAAGAAUCCCUGCCAGCAGCAGGGUCACUUCUCCCUUUUCUUUUUUGCCAUCUGAACAUUGUACUAAAAGUGGAAUCUGACAGCCACUGUCCUGCAAGGUCAUGUCCAGUGCUGCAUCUGUACAUUGAUUCUUAAGUGCAACCCAGUUAAUGUGAAGGUGGCAAAGUGGUGCAGCUAGUUAAGCAGCUGUCUCACAGCACAAGUACUAUCCUGGGUGCUGAAGGUGGGGUUUGUACAUUCAUCCUUACACCUUGUUGUUAGACCACUGUGUUCUUCCCAUAUCCCAAAAAUGUGCAAGUUGGUAGGUUAAUUAGCCACUUUUAAUUGCUCCUUAUGACUGAAUCAGAAUCAGGUUUAUUAUCACUGGCAUGUGACGUGAAAUUUGUUAACUUAGCAGCUGCAGUUCAAUGCAGUAUAGAAGAAAAAAAAUAAUAAAAUUGAAAUAAUAAUAAGUAAGUUAAUUAUGGUAUACAUAUAUUGAAUAGAUUUAAAAAGUACAAAAGCAGAAAUACUGUAUAUUUUUUAAAAAGUGAGAUAGUGUCCAAGGGUUCAAUGGAGAAUAAAAAUAAUUAAUAUAGAAUAAGUGUAUUUGGUUGGUUGAUAGUUGGCACAAACUUGGUGAACUGAAGGUAGCAUUUCUGUGCUGCAUGAGUAUGUGACUUUGUGACUUUCCACCUGCAGCCCACCCUUUUAGUUCUCAGCUGGUGACCUCUGCAACUCUCAAGGAUCAAUAAAAUAGAUGGACUUGUGAUUUCCUGGAUGAGUGUUCCAGAGUGGUCGGACCUUGUGUGCUAUCUUCCUACAUUUUCUAAUUGCAAGCAGAUCUAUCCUUCAGAUCAUUUCAAGCUAGCCAUACUAAGGUCCAAAAACAGCAUAACUAUGACCUUUUCUUAUGUCCCAUGAACAGCAGAAUGCCUUUAAGUGAGUUGAUUUGUCAUGAGAUAAAGUUUAUCACACACAAGUGUUAUGUUUUGUAACUCCAAAGGGUAAAAUGAAUCAGGUAAAAUGAGCCUACUUUGUUUUUACUUUUUAGCAAGGCCUGCACUUAUGACAUGGUGAUGUAAUGACAUAUGCCAAUCACAUACCCCAUAAUGAACUAUUUAUAAAUAUAAUUACAACCCCAUAAUGAACUAUGUAAACAACAUAGAAUGCUUAAUCAAACAAUAUAUUUAUAGUUUUACUCAAAUAUUACUGAUAUAUUAAAUACAUAAAAACAAGCAGUAUUUUGUCCACUGCAUCCAGGAAAAUAUUACAUUCUGAUGAAUUGUUAAUAGUCAUUAAAUUAAAUCCUAUGAAUUGUAGAUUUUGUGAAGUUUAAUUUUGUUGACACUGAUUUGUUUUACUUUCAGGAAAAUAGUUUUAUAUUUCACACAUCACAAGUCAUAAUUGCUUAGCACAGAAGGAUGCUGAGCUGCAUUCUGUACUGUUGUCAUUGGGAAGUUUGUUUUAGUGAUUUAAAACACAGUAUGCUUUGGAAUUGUAAUGAUCAAAGUAAAUACCAACAAAGAGCUUAAGCAGUGCUUCAUUCAGCAUAUCUGUGCUGAUGGCUGGAAACCAAAGCAAAAAUUAAAAUUCAGCCUGUUCAAAAUCAGCAUAAAACUUAGAAUCAAAUAUCCUCAUGAAUGCAUACUCAGUAAAUCCUAAAUGAUAUAUUAUGUAGCCACUUGCAAUGGAAGAACCGUAUAAGUUUGGAAAUUGGAAAUGUUAAUUGUAGCACUGACAUUUAGAAAUGCACUGCACAUCGAUUUUCUGAUCAAAAUAAUUUGCUGGUUGGUGAUAUCUGUGUCCUCCCCGCCUUCCCUGGAUACUUGCAGAUAAUCGAUACUGGUCAAAUCAUGGAAGCCAUCAAUAUAUCCAAGAGGAGAGAACUGCACUGGCCGGAUGAAGGAAUCAGAAUGCGAGCUGGUCGAAUCAGCUGGAAAGACUGGAAUCCUCGGGAGGGCAUGGAAGG